AUGAGCGGGAUAUUUGAGAAAUCUAUGGAAUUAAAAGAUGUAAAAGAAUGUCAUGUUGCAGUUGCAGAAGACGCAAUAAUGGACCACAAUAAUGUUCCUGGAGAAGAUGGCGACAAAGAUGUGAAGCUAGUGAAAUUGGUUGGUAUAUCUGGAAAACCGUGUUUAACAUCUGACAAGGAUGGGCAUCUAGCAGUUGUUGGAGGCAAAUCAAAUGAUCUAGAGGAACUACCUGGAAAUGAUGGCAAAAAAGGGGAAACAAUGGUGUCAUUUGAAGGACCAAUGACCUUUGAAUGUAUCAAGGAUGACCAAAAUGUAGUUGUAGAAGAUGAAGAAAAUGAGAAUAUGUCAGAAGACAUUGACAAAAAUGGAUUUAUUCUUGGAAGUUCAAUAGAAUCAUCAACGAAAGGUAUAUGGGCUUGGUGUAGAAAGCAUGCUACGAAAGAAUCUCAAGUUCUGCUGCUGUUAGAUACUGAAGGUCUAGGAGAUGUCAGAAUGGGCAGCAUCGAUCAUGACAACAAAAUAUUUACCAUUGCAACUCUUCCCAGUAGCACACUCGUAUAUAACACGAUGUCUUCCUUCAACCAAGAGGCAAUUGAGAAACUUACGUACAUAACCAUGUUGUCAAGUAAUCUGAAAGUUACGCCAAGUAGUUCCUCCGAUGACCUGUUUGAUUGCAUUAUGCCACAUUUUGUACUCUGCCUAAGGGAUUUUAAUCUAGCGUUACGAAUUGAUGGAGAGGAGAUUACGGAGGAUGAAUACCUAGAUGAUUGUCUCCAGACAAAAGAAGUAAAAUCGCUUGAAGACGAGAAAUACAACCGACCUAGAGAAUGCAUUAAGAAGUAUUUUACACGUAGGAAGGUGUUCACAUUCGACAGACCAGCAGGAAGAAGUGUCAUGAGACGCUUAGACUCAGCUCGAGAUGAAGACCUUAACGAGGAUUUUAUCCAAGAAACAGAGCGGUUCAUGUCUUAU